AUGCUAACAAAAGCUGAUCAAGAAUUGUAUAAAAAUUUUCCAAUUGUUAUUUCUGAACGAUGUGAAAAAGCAUCAAAAAUUUGUGGAGCUGAUGUAAGUAGUACAACAUCUACAAAUGUUAAUCCAGAUCAACAAUUAUCUUCCGGUAAUCGUCAUAAUGCAUUAUCAGCUUCUUCUGCUACUCAUAGCGCAUUAAUGAAAAACAAUGUUGCUGCAGCUGCACUUCAGGAUUAA